CGCAGCUCCAAAAUAACCCACUUCUACGCUCGCGACAUCCACGCGGAAGUUCCUCCCCCCGAGUGGUCCUUGGCCACACGUUUGUGCAGUACUAGCGUCUGACACGAUGGCUGCUCGUCUGUUCGCGCGGGGAGUCUGGGCCAUCUCCGUGAAAGAAUCCCGCUCCCUGUCUGCCUCUGCUUUGUGCUCUUCAUCCUACUCCUCUUCGUCGUCCCUGAGCCGGGCCCUCAGGCCGCGGUGCUUGCUGCUCCCCUGUGGGUCGCCGCGUGGUGCCCCCCUCUGUCUGCACGCCUGUCGGGGGGUCUCCUUCAACGUGCAGGACCAACACGACUUCACUGAGAGGGUCAUAAAGAGUGAGCUUCCGGUGCUCGUGGACUUCCAUGCCCAAUGGUGUGGUCCCUGCAAGAUCCUGAGUCCUCGGCUAGAGAAGGCCAUCGCUAAGCAGAAAGGUCGCGUUGCCAUGGCUAAAGUGGACAUUGAUGAACACACAGAUCUUGCUAUUGAAUAUGGGGUGUCAGCAGUUCCCACGGUGAUAGCCAUGCGUGGCGGUGAUGUCAUCGACCAGUUCGUAGGGAUCAAAGAUGAGGACCAGCUGGAUUCAUUUGUCAACAAGCUCAUUGGAUAAUAAACCUGUCAUUCACAGCCCUGCACCCAACUACUUUCCACCCUUCUAUUUAGUUUACAUCUCUGACUAGGUUUAUUCUUUUCUAUUCUUUUGUGUUCUUUCAUUUGACAGCAGGCCUCCCCGGUCCCCUUAAAAACAAAUCUGGUCUUCAUCGGUGCAUGGUCUCGCUCACUGUAUUCCUUGGUUUCUUAGGUGUGUGGGUGGGUGUGUGCACACACUUGCCUGAAUCCAUCACUUGUUCUCGCCGUCUCAUUUCCCACUGCUGCUGAUCUCAGCCCUCUGCCACUGUGUAAAGGGGACACUCUGUUAGCUUUAACACUUUUUAUUACAGCAUAGUGACUGUACUGCUGUAUUUUCUUUAUGUGCAAGUUGAGAGGUGACACAAAAUAAAAUAAAAUGUACAGUUUUAUAGCUGGAUAGUGCAGUUGUGUGAAUCUGCCCUUUGUGUCAGUUCCUGUUAUGGCCAAACGGGGGCAGCCUUCAUCUAACAUCCAAAGCCGUAGAGUCCUGUCCUCUCAGCACGAGGCCUGAGGAGGGAGAGGUCGUGGUCCGUAUGGAUCGGACGUCCAGAGCAAGAAUGCUGGACAAAGAGAAGUUCGUGUCUUUUGUGUGCAAACAAAUACAGUUAUGUGGAGAGGAAGAGGAGUGCCCUGGAUACAACGCUAGGAUUGCUUACUAAGAACGUGGGUGUGGGUGGGGGAGACCUGUUCUUCAUCCUAAGUCUGAUUAUGCCUCUGUUUUGACUGUGAAAUUGGAAUUUACUUGAAAGACAGGAACAUGGCUUUGGGUUUUACUUGGAUCAGAUUCUGUAAACCGCACAUCCAAUUAAAAUCUUAAAAAUAAAAGAAGUCAAGAGA